AUGCGGCCCGGCGUGCUGCUGCCCGACGGCGACGCGACAGCUCCCCCAGACCUGGUGGCGGCCUGGCGGGACAGCCACCACCCCCUGCACGCGGCGGCGCGCGCCGUGGUGUCCCGAGUGUUCCGCAACAUGCAGCUGUGGAGGAUGCGCUACGGGUUCAUUAGCUGCUGGUUUGCCACCUGGCUGGUGUGCUGCCCGGCAGACGGCAAGCACAGGGGCAGCCUGUACGUCAGCCCAGCCUACAAGGCGGACGACACCCGCCCCAGCGUGCUGGCGGCGCUCGCGUGGCUGCAGCUGCAGGCCCUGUACGCGGACCCCGCUGCAGUGUCUGUAGUUGUCCCGCAGCAGCAGCAGCCCGGCCCCAGGGACGGCGGCAGCGGCGCUGACGAGGAGGGCGCGGAUGAUGAGUCGGAGCGCUCGAAACCAGACGACAAGCCAGUCAGUCGUGGCGGCGGCAGCAACCUCAGAAGCCAGCAAGGGCCGCCCCAACAGCAAACCCCCAGCACCGGUCCCCAAUUCCAUCGCAAGAUUUGCACCGGCAGCGCCGGUGACGUUGUGGCGGGGUUAUACCGCGGCACCCCUGCCGUCAUCAAGCUGCUGGGGCCGGACAGAGAUGGGCUGGAGGCGUUUGACCGCGAGGCGUGGAGCUACUCUUUGCUGCAAGAGGAGCAGGGGGAGGUGGUGCCCCAGCUGCUUGGCACCGGCUGGUACCCGAUGGCUGGCGUGCACUACCUGGCGGUGCGCCGCAUCGAGGGCAGCCCCCUGUCGGACCUGCCCACCAUCCCGCCAGAAGUAGCAGCCGCCGCGGUGAGCGCCCUGAGGCGCGUCCACCGCGCCGGCGGCCCCGGCUUCCUGCACGGCGAUGUCCGGCUGCACAACGUAAUGCUCGAGGAGGCAGCAGCAAGCGGCGGCGCGGACCCCAGGUGCUUUGUCAUCGACUUUGGGCGGGCCAGCGAGGACGGCAGCAGGGCGGAGCAGAUGCAGGAAAUUAGAGAACUCCAGGUGCUGCUGGCGCGCCGCUCUGCUCCCUCCGGCUGA